AUGGUAAUUUUAUGUCUGCAGAAAGAAGCCGUCGACUCUGUGACUACCGGUCAACUUCUGCCCUCAAGUUUAAAAGAAAUGUUAAAAGCAGUUCUUCUAUUCCUGCCAUUUACUAUGGCCAGCAUAAAAAUAAAUAUAAAUCCAGCGACUAAAUUUUCAAAAGAAACAGUCGAUAUUACAGGAUUUGAAGAAUCAAGAACUACUAAAACAGAGCUAGAAACAUUUAAAAUUACAGAACACAUUCCUUUAAAAGCCACAAUACUAGAUCAUGGCAGAAGAAAUGUCUUAGUUACAGUCAAAGAGUUCCACAAUAACAGCUCUGCGCCAAGCGUCGCUAAAGGCGGCAUAAAAGAGGAAGUUCUAGAAACACUGAGUACUACUUGGUCUGAAAGUGAGGCAUUAUCUAUUGCUCGAGAUAUAACAUUUAAAUAUGGCAGUCUAAGCUAUUCCUAUACGUCUUAUUGGGGUAAAGAAGUAAAUAAGUCUAAAACUAAGAUAUUAACAACAACUUCUGAUGUUGAAGUUUCUUUGAAACCAGGUCAAAGUGUCAAAGCCAUACUCAGUGCGACCAGAGGUACGUUAUCGCUGAAAGUAGACUACAGUGCGACUGUGCACGGUGAUAUAUAUUGUCGAUACACAUUUUUCUUCAUUCCUAUUUACGGUCAAGAAUUUGAAGUCAACAAAUACUUGGACUUGAUGAAUCUACCACACAGCGUAAUCUCUUCAGAAAUAAUUUCUGUAGACUAUUACUAUGGCGCUCAAGUGGUUAUUAAGGAUAUUGAAAGUGAUAAAAGUUUGUUAAUUGAGCCCGUUUUAAUUCUA